GGCGGGCGCAGUGUAGGGUUACAGUCCAUUUAUGGGCGCGGCCGAGGGCAGAUAUCGGUGUCGAUGGCAUUCGCUCCCAGCUAUUCUUAGGAGCCUGUCAGGAGCUCCACACAGCCUGGCCGGGCAGCAGGGGACAGAGCAGACGCGGCCGCUGUCAGCACCAGCAUGUCUUACAGCGUGACCCUGACCGGGCCCGGGCCCUGGGGCUUCCGUCUGCAGGGCGGCAAGGACUUCAACAUGCCCCUCACUAUCUCCCGGAUCACACCGGGCAGCAAGGCAGCCCAGUCCCAGCUGAGCCAGGGUGACCUUGUGGUGGCUAUUGACGGCGUCAACACAGACACCAUGACCCACCUGGAGGCCCAGAACAAGAUCAAGUCUGCCAGCUACAACCUGAGUCUCACCCUGCAGAAGUCGAAGCGUCCCAUUCCCAUCUCCACGUCAGCACCCCCUGUCCAGUCCCCUCUGCCAGUGAUCCCCCACCAGAAGGUGGUAACCAACUCUCCAGCCAAUACCGACUACCAGGAACGCUUCAACCCCAGCGUGCUGAAAGACUCGGCCCUGUCCACCCACAAGCCCAUUGAGGUGAAGGGGCUGGGCGGCAAGGCCACCAUCAUCCAUGCGCAGUACAACACGCCCAUCAGCAUGUACUCCCAGGACGCCAUCAUGGACGCCAUCGCCGGGCAGGCCCAGGCACAGGGCAGUGACUUCAGCGGGAGCCUGCCAAUUAAAGACCUUGCUGUGGACAGUGCCUCUCCCGUGUACCAGGCUGUGGUUAAGAACCAGAACAAGCCAGAAGACGAGGCUGAGGAGUGGACCCGCCGUUCCUCCAACCUGCAGUCCCGCUCCUUCCGCAUCCUGGCCCAGAUGACAGGGACGGAAUACAUGCAAGACCCUGAUGAAGAAGCUCUGCGAAGGUCAAGCACCCCUAUUGAGCAUGCUCCAGUGUGCACCAGCCAGGCCACCACCCCGCUGCUGCCUGCUUCUGCCCAGCCGCCCGCUGCUGCCUCUCCCAGCAUGGCCACUGCCCAUGCUGCCACCGCCUCUGCCACAGCCCCUGCUUCCAGCCCUGCGGACAGUCCCAGGCCCCAGGCCUCUGCCCACAGCUCUGCAGCGACCACCUCUCCAGCACCCACCGCCCAUACCAGCUACAGCGAAGGCCCAUCUGUCCCUUCAUCCAAGCCCCGGGUUGUCACCACUGCCAGCAUCCGGCCUUCUGUCUACCAGCCAGUGCCUGCAUCUACCUACAGCCCUUCCCCAGGAGCCAAUUACAGUUCAACUCCCUACACCCCCUCACCAGCUCCUGCCUACACCCCCUCUCCUGCCCCCACCUACUCUCUCUCCCCAGCACCAGCCUAUGCCCCCUCACCUGCCCCAAACUAUAACCCUGCACCCUCAGCGUCCUAUAGUGGGGGCCCUGCUGAGCCUGCCAGCCGUCCCCCCUGGGUAACAGAUGACAGCUUCUCCCAGAAGUUUGCCCCUGACAAGAGCACCACCUCCAUCAGCAAGCAGACCCUGCACCGAGGAGCCCCGGCCUACACUCCGACAGGUCCCCAGGUGUCCCCACUUGCCAGGGGCACCGUCCAGAGGGCUGAGCGCUUCCCAGCCAGCAGCCGGACUCCACUCUGCGGCCACUGCAACAGUGUCAUCCGGGGCCCUUUUCUAGUAGCCAUGGGCCGCUCCUGGCACCCAGAGGAGUUCAACUGUGCCUACUGCAAGACCUCCCUGGCAGACAUGUGCUUUGUGGAGGAGCAGAACAAUGUUUACUGCGAGCGGUGUUACGAGCAGUUCUUUGCCCCGCUCUGUGCCAAGUGCAACACCAAAAUCAUGGGGGAAGUGAUGCAUGCCCUGAGACAGACAUGGCACACUACCUGCUUCGUCUGUGCAGCUUGCAAGAAGCCCUUUGGGAACAGCCUCUUCCACAUGGAGGACGGGGAGCCCUACUGCGAAAAAGACUACGUCAACCUGUUCAGCACCAAGUGUCAUGGCUGCGAUUUCCCUGUGGAGGCUGGUGACAAGUUUAUUGAAGCCCUGGGACAUACCUGGCAUGACACCUGCUUCAUUUGCGCAGUCUGCCAUGUGAAUCUGGAGGGGCAGCCGUUCUACUCCAAGAAGGACAAGCCCCUGUGCAAGAAGCACGCACACGCCAUCAACGUGUAGGGAGCCAGGGUGUCCGUGCAGAAGACGCCCAAGGCUGCUCCUGCUGCUGGCAACAAAGGAUUCAAUGAGGCUGAUGUUUCUUUUAGGGGGAAAGGGAGAAGAGAGGAAGCGAUUGAGGCCUUUUGAGGUAUAAUUUUAGUCCUUUCUUCUGUACACAGAUUGUGUAUUUGCGUAGUUCAGACUAGAAGCCAAAUGAAGAUUCUAACCCAGCUAGUAAUUAAUCCAAGACUGAAAUUGUACUUCAGACAUUUAAGACAGAAUUCCGAGAACUCAAAAGUGAAAAAGAAAAAGCAACUUUCCCAAAGUGAUACACUUCCCUGUGGUCACCAGAAUAAGGACAGAGCUCAGAGCAGUUAUGGAGAAUCCAGAGUGUUCUGCAAAGCUCUUUAGAGUUCCUCUGGCAAACAAAGUGGAGUGCCAAACAGUACUGGCUGCAGGGUAUUUUUAGAGCCAUAGCCAAGAGCUUGUUAGCUGAGACCCAUUGGGCUUUCCUCACCAAAAAAGGAAGUGUUAUUCCAUUACUAGCGUCAUGGAGCUACCUCUGCACAUCAGACUUUGGACUGCAAGCAAACUUGACAUGUUCUGAAGGGAGCCCAGACGUCCAGAGAUGUCUUCUGGGAGCCACUGGGCAAUUGACAGGGCUCCGGGAAGGGUGCGGGCUCACACUGCAGACAGCUGAGUAAAGAUGGGCGCUUCAGCUACCCUCUUUCUGUUUAAACCAUCCAGUGUCUCCAGGAGGCUUAGCUCCUUUUUGAGUUGUGAUGGGAAAGUGGAAUUGGGUGUUUCAGCUUGCUUUGCAGUGUGUGAGAGGAAAUUUUUAAAAAGACUCUGGGUUGUGUUCGGCCUUUGUUUUGCUUUACGAGGUUCAUUAGCAUGAGCAUCCAGUCCUGUGCAUGUAUUUCAUCCCCACCUGUGACUGUGACUGCUCACUUAUGAAGUCUUCCCCACCUCCCGCCAUGCUCUGCCAAACAGGCCUGGUGGCCUGUGGAAAAGAAGAGAGAGACCGUGUCGGAAAAGGAUGGCGGAAUAGGCUAACAUGCCCAGUCUCUGGGUGGGGAAGAGAAACCUUACUUUCUGCCAACCUCAGUAAGAUCUUGUAAGCUGGCAGGACCUCCUACCUUCAGAUCUGCACCAUCUUUCUGUGUGCUCCUUUAAAGACAGCACCAGUUAUGCACAAUCAUGUUGACUGCUGGAAGGAAAAGAUGGAGUAUGUGUACGCAUUUGCCAUUUUGGCCAAUAUUUUGAAAAUGUAUGAGCUGAGUUGAUCUAGCCUUUAACUGUUUAUUGAAAUAGAAUUGGGCUUUCAAACUUCUUUAACAAUAUUAGUGGUAGUUUGAGUUAGAUAAGCAUCUUAAAGCUGUUUGGUGAUAAAGAGAGAAGCUUAGUUUCUGAGGUUGGAAAUUAUUUAGUCUCUUUCCUUUUCGGAAGCACUGUUAUUAUGUUCAUUGAAAACGGCAUUGAAGCAGGCAGUUUGUGUGGAUGUUUAGGCACUUGAGUGCAAUAUUUAGGCAGUCUUUCAGUGCUCGCUUCGGCAGCACAUAUACUAGGCAGUCUUUCAACUCACUGCCACUCUCUCCUACUCCUGUUUUGGAUUUUCUCUUUGCAAGCUUGAAAUAUUUUAUAGGAAUGCAUUAGAACUCUUUUUCUUCUGAGAACUGAGGUUUCCAGGGAACCAGUAUUCUACCUAAGGGUGUCUCUUCUUCCUGACAUAGAAGGAAGCAGCUAGCGGUGUCCCUAGCAGGAAGCCCAUAUUUUUUCCAAGUGUGAAUCCACCAGCCUCCCCAGGGAGCACCAAGGAGGAAUAUAAACAGUGCGCCUACCACAGGGCUUUUCUUUACCUUCAGUGCGGCGAGAAAGUGAUUACAAAGCACCAGGCAGAGUAAAUCUUCUGGGACUGCCUCGAGAUUUGUCAGGAGUUGCAAACAAGUACCUUAGAGCAUUCUGUUAUUUUUGGAAAGUUCAAAUAUACAGGGACAAGGAGUUUGCUGACUGUUCAGAAAGGCUCUAGGCAGGUUUUCUCCAAAAACAAUCUAUUAAAUAUCAGGGAUUGGUCUCGAGGAAAGAAAGAAAAGUUUUCUAGAGUUAAAUUUCCAAGAUCUCUUUUUAAAGGUUUUACACACACACACACACACACACACACACACACACACACACACACACACACACACACACACA